AUGCAGGAUCAUAUGAAACGCCUUCUUAGUGGCACAGUAACCUUCCACGGCCGUAUACAGGAGGGAGUUAGUCCUUCAGAUGCAGUCGAGGCUGUAUGGUACAACUCAUUUGCGAUGGAACCCUGGAUUCAGAACCUUGCGUUGGCCAUCACCAACCAAAUCAUCCAAGCGGCCCCCGCGGGUAAUGAUUCGCACUACGGCAGUAUGGUUCAUACCUUAGAGCCUUUUAUUCAUGUUCGAUGGCUAUGGCUCACCUUUCCCACCCUCAUCGUCCUUGGAUCAAUCGUCUUUCUGGCCGCUAGUAUCUGGCAGACCCGCUUAGCACCUACACGAGCCUGGAAGAGCAGCGCGCUCGCUUUACUAUUGUGUUCGGUUGAUGACGUGACGAAGACGCCUUCCGUCGUGCGGUAUAUUGACAGAUUCGAUCGCAUACCUUCAUCGAUUGGGAGGGUCAGGGUUGCGUUGCAGCAGACUGAGGAAUCAGGAUGGGUAUUUAAAAGGGUCAGCGACGCAUGUACAGACCCGCAACCGGCAUCCGAAGCACAGCCGGAGAAAGACGGACCCGUGGCCAAAGUUCCCGGCUCUACGCCCCAAGAACGACUCGAAUCAUUCGAUCAACUCGCCGAGGAACUUGCCGGUGCUCACGAUCUGGGAAGGGGUGAAAGAGGUUCUUCAUCUGAAGCACGACGUUUUGCUGAGGCAGAGUAUGGACUUUGGGGUAUUGCGGCCGGUAACGCUCGAGCCUACGAGAUCGUGGGAGCCGCACAACGAACUGAGCAAACAGCGAGCUGUUUAAGUGUACCUCAAUCAUGGGAAAUCGCGGCUGUCAGGGACGAGGCGAGCAGAGUAUGA